AUGGCGUGUAUAAAACCGUUAGGCCCCGGGCCGGGCGCGUACCGACUGCCCACCACGGUGGGCUUCCCCUCCCAUGACCCGUCCCGGAACCGCAGCCCCAUGUUUUCGUUCGGCACCAACGGAGGAGCGCGAAUUAAGCAGCUCGGACCCGGGCCCGCCUACCGCAUCGACCGCAUCACCCGCGACGGUGUCGUCACAUCGCCCGCUUGGUCCUUCGGCGCGCGUCUGCCGGGCCGGCCUGCACAGCGCAUCCCGGGACCCGGGGCGCACGCCCCCGAGCGGUGUCCGCCCACGCGCGAUCCUCGCGCGCCACAGUACUCGAUGGGCGCGCGGCUGGGCUACGCGGUGAAGCGGCCAGGCCCGGCGCCCAACGCUUACGCGCUGCGCCUAGGCCCUGGCAGUCCCGCCUACACGAUGGGAGCGCGCGUCGGCUUUUCGCUCAAGCCGCGCUCGCCGGGUCCCGCCGUGUACUUCCAGCGGGACACGGACGUUUACCGCACGCGCGCGCCCGUAUUCAGUCUCGCGGCGCGCUCGGAGGGCGCCGGCAAACCCACGAAGACGCCCGGCCCCGCCGCCUACCCUCCCCACUUGUACAACACCAAAAAGAAUCCCUACGCCUAUUCCUUCGGCACGAAGCACGGGGACUACGCGUGUCCCAUGAUCAUUAAGGAGGACACCAUGGACUGCCUCUAG